AUGAGCGCAGCCCCAACAAGCCGGCGCUCGGCCGGCUCGACCGCCGUCCGCACCCGACCGGCCCGCACGGGAACAGCAACCGCCAGCAGCAAAACCAACCAGAAACAAAGGAUCAAUCUGGCAGGCUCGACGGCCGUCAUCUCCGAUUAUUUCCACUAUGCGAUCAACUGCAUCCUCUACCAACGCGCGAUCUACGACCAGGCGGACUUCAAGAUGGUCAAGAAAUUCGGCCUGCAGAUGAUGGUCGUCGAGGACGAAAUGAUUGCCGACUAUCUCAAGAAGAUCGUCGAUCAGGUUCGCGUUUGGCUAGUUGAAGGAAAGAUAUCCCGACUAGUACUGGUCAUCCAACGGAAAGACAACGGCGAGACGAUCGAGCGAUGGGAAUUCGAUGUACACGUUGAACACCCGGCGGUCGACGCACACGGAACAGAUACAGCACCACCCUCUGCCCAAGCGCAGCCCUCCUCCUCCUCGGCAACGGAUCAACGCCAGCCUCGGGCGAAAUCGAAAACGCUGGCAGAAGUCCAGAGCGAGAUCCAGGUGAUCAUCCGCCAAAUCAUUGCCACUGUAUCUUUCCUGCCGAUCCCCGAGGCGCCGCGUAAGUCCCGUGUCUAUCCAUGCAGCCUCGACAGCCCGAUACCGAAAGCGGCUGUUCUUGUCCCAGGGACAUUCAAGGUGCUGGCACACACUCACUCCGUUGGCCAGGACGAAGCCACUCAAUGGAACGACAGCGACGCCUUUGACAUCACCGAGGGAGCUGAAAGGGUACCAUCUCUCCCCUGCUUCAACGCCCCCUUCUGUCUCCAAAUUCACCGCUGGCCCUACCGUCUCACAGGUCAAACUCAAAUCAUUCUCUACCGCUUUACAUCGGGUAGACACCGCAGUGGACUACAAGUUGAGCAGCACUCUCUCUCCGCUUCACUGGCCGUCCCCUGA